ACAAACUUGUGUUUCUUUCAAGCUUUGGAAUAAUGUCUGUGUGAAUUGUGACUUUGAGAUAAAGCCAAAGAUGUAAUUUCCUUUUUUGUGAGACUAGUAACAGUCAUUGACAGAACCUUUAACUUGACUUGCUCUUCCUUGAGUUCAUUUUUCUUCUUCAUCAUCACUAUUAUCUUCUUUUCAAGGAAACAUCUGUGAAGUGAUCUUUUUUAAUAGAGAGAGAUGGAGUAUUGUGAGAAGGGAGACAAGGUGAUGAACCAAAACAACAUGCAAGGUUGUCCCAAAUCAGGGCCUGGCUAUGCUUCACCACUGGCAGCCAUGUCUGGUCCUAGAGAAACUCUCCUGUAUGUCACUGCUAUCUACUCAGGAAGGGAGAAGCCUGACUUUCUGGCCACAGUGGAUGUGGAUCCAAGCUCUCCAACAUAUUCGAAAAUUAUCCAUAGGCUGCCUGUACCUUAUUUAGGUGAUGAAUUGCACCACUUUGGGUGGAAUUCUUGCAGCUCUUGCUAUGGAGAUCCAUCAGCAGUUCGUCGAUAUCUAAUUUUACCUUCACUGGUAUCAGGCCGCAUUUAUGUGGUUGACACAAAAACAAAUUCAAGGUCUCCAUCUUUGCACAAAGUUGUUGAGCCUGAAGAAAUCAUUAGUAAGACUGGAUUAGCUUAUGGGCACACAUCUCAUUGCCUUGCUUCUGGUGAUGUAAUGAUCUCAUUUCUUGGAGAUAAAGAUGGAAAUGCAGCAGGAAGUGGAUUUCUUCUUCUUGAUCCAGAAUUUAAUGUGAAGGGAAGGUACCCUUUUAUAGGUUACAUUGAGAAAUACAAUAAUAAUGCACAUUGGGAUGUCAAAAUGCACUUAAAUUACCAAUUCCUAUUCAUUUUUUCAUGCAUUUGGUUUCUGACUUUCUGUGAGAAAUGGUGCAUACACAUGCCCGUAUAUUACUAUCCAUAGAAAUGAAAAAAGUUUUGCAAAAGAUUUAGUGUAGAAUCAUUAAAUAAUUGUUUUAUGGCAGCAUAUUUCUUGGCAGUUCUAUGAAACUAGUAAUACGAAAUAGUUAUCAUUUCAGUGGAUUAUUUUCUAGUUACUAGUUUGUA